CACAGCUUCUGCUAAAACAACCAACAAGCAACAUCGGCUUCGCGUGGCUGAUAUUCGGAUGUAGCCGACGUGGCUUGGUUGUUUAGACCAGACUAUGUGGAUCGACCGAACACUGUGGAACGUCUUCAUCUGGACCUCCAUUAGCAAGCAGCGGAGAUGCUCCGCUGUCUGAAUUUCCCAGAACGAACGUUUGCGCUGCGACCGCGGAAACACGGUAAUUUUCGGGCUCCACACCCGGGCCAAUGAGCCACAGCUCUGAUGUCGCGAUCGAGUUGAGACGUCGUAUAUCACAACGAUUGAGGCAGCUGCUAGGCUAUAAUGGCGAUCCACUAGAAGCACACGAGCCGCAACACCGUCUGUCGCACGCAAGUUGGCUGGCUUCGCUGACGAAUACACCGUGACGCCCGACCUGGCUCCAGAGACCAAGCAGGUACCAAACCAUAUAAGGUGGCAUGGCGAGAUUGCGAUGGAGGAAAUCACCGCUGCAUCCUGACUGAUCAGCCCCUACUGCCAUCAUGAAGGCAUUCACUAUCUCCGCAGCUCUUGGCGCUAUUGCUCUUUGCGAAGCCGCAUACAACACGGUCGAGGUCGACACGCGAUCGCUUGAUGACAUCUACGCCGCCGCCCGCAAGGAGGAAGGCGCACUCCAGGUGUUCUGGGGUGGAGAUGCUGGAAGCCAAGGCGACAGUGUUCGUCAAGCUUGGGCAGAUCGCUUCCCAGAUGUCAAGCUCAACUUGACAGUGGAUCUUUCCAAGUAUCACGACAACCGCAUCGAUCGUGCUCACUUGGAAGGACUUCACGUGGCAGAUGUCGCUGUCCUUCAGACUCUCCACGACUUCCGCAGGUGGAAGAACGGCGGAAAGCUGCUGGACUACAAGCCUGCCACCUUUGAAGACAUCUUGCCAGGUGAGAAAGAUGCAGAUGGUGCCUGGUUCUCGGUGCGCAUAAGCAGCUUCGGAACCUUCCUCUACGAUACCACGAAGCUCAACGCAUCAGACGUGCCCUCUUCCUACGCUGAACUCACGGACAAGAAGUACAAAGGAAAGCUGGUGAUCACCUAUCCCAACGACGACGACGCUAUUGCGUAUCUCUUCUCACUCAUCGUCAGCCGCUAUGGCUUCCAGUGGCUAUACGACCUGGCGGAGAACGACGUGCAAUGGGUCCGCGGCACUGGUAGCCCAUCGGCCAUACUGAGUGCGAGCCACAACACGACUUCGGCCCGCGCGCUGUCCUUCACCUCAUACAGCAGCGGAGCCAGCUUUUUUGCUACAAAGUCGCCUGAAGCACCUGAGCAGAUAAUGUCCUGGGCUCAAUCCGCUGCUAUCAUCGCCAGCUCUCCACGGCCGGAAUCGGCGAAGCUUUUCCUGUCCUACCUUACGAGCCUUGAGCAGCAGAACGCGACUGCGGCUUCCGGAAGACCGACCAUCUUGACCAACCUCAAUGAGCAGUACGGUCUCUCUCCCGACAGCAACAUCGCCCAGGUUUCGGGCUUCCGUGUGUUUGAGCAAGAUCGCAACACGGUGGAGUGGUGGAAGAACCUGUUCGAGGAAGUGCUUGGAAGUGCACAGGGCAAGGGCCCGUUGGAGGUCUACCCGAACCCCUGAAGACGGACCGGCAAGGCAUGAGAGGACUGUGUGAUGAGUAGUAACAUGUACGAAUAGCGGUAUUGCUCGACAGAUCGCCAUUACCAUCGCCAACGCCAAGCUUCUCGGCUGCACUUUCUGCUUUCAUCCAAGCGCCAUAUAGUACCAGAACAUCACACCUUAUCUUGCGAUCAGUAUAGAAGGAGCUACGGACCUUUGAAUUCAACUACACGCUCAUGCACCUGGCCAACUCCGUAUCGGCAUUACGGAGAUCUUCGAACGCCGCUCAUAACUAGGUCAAUCUCCAUCCCGCUGAACCUGUAUCACAACCUCGACUUCACCUUCCCCACACUCCACAAGACUACUCAAGCACACUCGCCACCAUGACCGGCGUUCCAGCCUCAAUCAUCGCCCAACUCGUACGAGAUGCUCAACAAGACCCUCAACUCCCCCGCGCAAACCCCACAGAAGCUUUCUGGCAACUACCACCCUCCGAACUCUCCUCCCACCAAUCCCAAUCCCUCCCCUUCAAAACCACCUACGCCAUAAUCGGCUCCGGCAUAACAGCCUGCAGCGUAGCCAAAAACCUCUUCGAAAACCUCCCCCCAUCAGACUCUUCAUCCCACAUCACAAUCCUCGAAGCCCGCACGCUCUGCAGCGGCGCCACAGGUCGAAAUGGCGGACACUUAGUCUCCCCAUUC